UCUUUUUUUUUCCUUUUUGCAUAUGACUUACUAAAGGAAAAACACAGAAUUCAUCAAUAGCUUAAUGCACCCAGCUAAUCCAUGGUGGGCCACCUUUUGGAGUGAGUCAUAAAUGGCUUGAACUGGUUGUGCCAAUAAGACAUAGUUGCUACUGGUAUGGCGGCUUACAAGAGAGGGCAGUACUUUGCACCUGUAAGAGCUGCAUAGAGGGAAUUUCAGCAGGUGUGCUACAUCCCUAUUAGCAUUUCUUCCACUGUGCAACUAUUAAGGAUGUUGGACCACAGUCCUGUUUUUCAGCAGCUCUGCUACCUACUUUCCCACCACUGAAGUGAAGCCAAGUUACCGUAUGUGUGUGAAGCUUUCAUCUUCCUGCCUACUUAAAACUCUGCAGGACAUUUCCAGUAGGCCGGAGAAUGAAAGCUUCAAUAACCAGUAUCCAUACUGUGAAAAGGUUUAGGGGAAGGUAGGAUGGCUAGACCACCUUUGUCCUUUAUGCUCUGGGGACCACAUGACUUACCUUUUAUGUCCCUUAUUAGUGUGAAGCCACCUUUUGUCAUGGAGCCCAUUGCAAGAGGUUCUCCCCCCCCCUUUUUUUUUCUUUUAUCCUCAGAAUCCAGCAAAGGUGAAAAAGUCAAGAUCUGCCUCUGCUUGCUUUAAGGGAUGAUGGUGCUUCUAGACAGGCGCUUAAUUCUGCAAAAUUCCCUGAGGCUGCUCAUUGAAGAUGGCUGGCAAGCAAGGGUACAGUUGUCUCUCUGAUGGCUCACUGGAUGUUCCCUCUUCCAGCCCUGAAGGCACCCUGAGCCUCAGUCCUCACAGCCCUGGGCUCUGCCUGAUCUCCACGCCCACAGCAGAGACCCACUGGCUGAGCAGCGCCCCACCCCAGCCAGAGUCGCCUGGAGAAAUGAAUGUAACUCUGGAGAAACUCCUGGCUCCCAUUACGGAAAAGCUCAAGUAUUUGCUGAAGAAAGCAGAGGACUUCCAGACGUACCUGCUGUACAGCAGAGACAGAAUGCAGAAGGAGCAAUUUGCCAAAGCCAUGCCCACGUUCCUGCAGAUGUGCCAGCCUUACUUCCACUACCUGGAAUCCACAGCGCGAAGCUGCACUCCUUAUUUAAGACCCCCACAGGAACCAGUGCGGAGGCGUCUCCUGGAGAUCUCCCAGCAGUUGGCCUGCCAGCUUGAGCAACUGGUGCUGAUGUAUGCUUCUUUCAGCUUUGUCUCUUUAGAAGACACUGACCCAUUCAGUGUCUCAUGCUUCUUCUGUGGAAAGUUUUGGCUGAAUGAGUUGCGACAAGUUUCCAUCUUCCGAUAUUGCAUCUCAGCACCCUACACAGCUUCCCAUAUUCCCCGCAACCUCUAUAAGAAAAUGCGCUGGAACCUCGAUAUUUUGGAAGGCUCUGCUUGCCGGAAUCAAACACCCCGGACAGAAUACUACUUCCUGUGCUUCCGGGAUACAGGAGAUGAGACAACAGUGAAGAUGCAGAAGCUCUGGUCCAUUGGACGCUGGGUGCCUUUAGAUCCUGACAGUGACCACAGCUCCGAUGUGCUCUCCUGGGUCUUGUGCCGCCAGCCCAUGGGGGAUUACCAGCAGCUCCUGACAAUUGGAUUUGAGGAACCCUCCCACACGCUUGCCACGGACCUCUUGGUGCAGAUGCUCAGUGCUCAGAGCGCCGGUCUGCUGAACCGCGAGUCCUCCUGCUGGGUGAGCUCAGGGGAGCAGGUGCAGUGAAAAACGUACCUUCAUGGUAUGCCACCAAGGGGCAGCCCACUGCCUCCUGUCACCACCAGUGCCACAUAUGUGGCAUAAGAUGCUACCCUCACAUUAGGCACAGUGAGGCCAUGCUAGAUAUUGGCAUGCAGAUAUGCCAG